AUGGCUCCCAGCCGCAUCGACGACUCUCCCGAGAGUCAUCCGUCUUUGGAUACGGCCUACGGGCUAACCGCAUCAUGGCCUAUAGCUUACGAUUUAGCUGGCUCAAACCUGCCAUGUCGUCUUGAGGGAGAAAUUGGCGAUCUCGUGGUGUUGGGAGAGAUCCCAAAGCAAAUCGACGGCACGUUCUACCGGGUCAUGACUGAUCCAUUCGUCCCUCCGCACCCUGGCAACGUCCCUCUCGACGGCGAUGGCAAUAUCUCAGCAUUCCGCAUCCGUGACGGCAGGGUGGACAUGAAGAUGCGCUACGUCGAAACGGAGCGCUACAAGCUAGAGCGGAAAGCCAACAAGGCUCUGUUCGGCCUCUAUCGCAACCCGUACACGCACCACCCCUGCGUGCGCGCGGCCGUGGACUCGACGGCCAACACCAACCUCGUGUUGUGGGCAAACCACUUUCUCGCGCUGAAAGAGGGCGGUCUGCCCUACUCCGUCGACCCUCAUACACUGGAUACCAUCAAGUAUGAUCCGUUUGGGCCGCAGGUCAAGACGAAGACCUUCACGGCGCACCCCAAGGUGGAUCCAUACACCGACGAACUAGUUGUUUACGGCUACGAGGCCAAGGGCCUCGCGUCUCUUGAUAUCGUCAUCUACUCUCUUGAUAGCCAAGGGGUCAAGCAUGACGAGCAGUGGAUCAAGUCACCAUGGUGCGCGCCAAUUCACGACUGCGCUAUCACACCUAACUGGAUCAUCCUGGUCCUCUGGUGCUUCGACGCAAGCGUAGAGCGCAUGAAGAAGGGAGGGCACCACUGGGCCUGGGACUACGACAAGCCGGCGACCUUCAUCGUUGCCCCGCGCCGGAGCACCACGCCGCUCCCGCCCGGCUGGAGCCCCGGAGAGUACAGAGUGUACCCGUGGAAGAACUGCAUGCUCAUCCACACGGGCGGUGCAUGGGAGAGUGAAGACGGGUCCAAGGUCUUCCUGGAGACAUCGCGCGUGCACGACAACGGCUUCCCCUUCUUCCCAACCGACGACGGCAGACUGCCAGCCCCCGACGCAGCAUCCGACUACGUCCGCUGGACGUUGGAUCUCUCGCAGCCGAGAAAUACCCAGGUCGCGGACCCGGAGAUGGUUCUAGAUCUUCCAGCCGAGUUCCCCCGCCUCGACGAGAGGUUUCUGUCCAAGCAGUAUAAGCACGUCUUCAUCAACGUCCACAUCAGCAAGGAUGAGAACGGCAAGCCGCAGACGGUACAUAACGGGCUGAACGGCUUGGCGAUGCUGAACUUGGAGACCAAGCAGACGAAGUACUUUUACGCCGGGUUCGAGUCUCACAUCCAAGAGCCCAUCUUCAUUCCGCGGAGUGACGAUGCCCCCGAAGGAGACGGGUGGGUGAUGGCAAUGGUGGAGCGGAGGGGCGCGAACAGGAACGAGAUUGUGGUACUAGAUACGAGAGACUUCGAGAAGCCUAUUGCUCUCAUUCAGCUGCCUUUCCAUGUGAAGUCUCAGGUCCAUGGAAACUGGGUCGAUCAGAGACGGUUGAAGGGCUGGAAGAAGCUGGCGAAGGAUGUUGAGGUUGAGCCCAUUAGUGGACAGGGAGCAUUGGAGCCUCUGUAG